AUGGGGGAUGGAGAAGAAAUCCCUAUCAGAAUCACCAAUGUAGAAUUGGCUAAGAUAGUCAAAGAGCAAAUGGCAGAGAGUAGGGCUGUCAGAGAGGAGAAUAGGGCAAUGAAGAGAGAGUUAGAUAAGUUGAAAGGCCAAGUGAGGAGAGGAAGCCAAGAAGAGUCAGAAGAAGAAGAGGAAGAGCAAGAUCCAGCCGGUCAAGCAAAUAUUCCAGAGGAUCAAAAGGCAAUCCUUGCAGCCCUAGAGAGGGUAGGAGUAAAGGAUAGGACUGAUAUUCCUUUGUUCCAUGGCAAAUUGGAACCGGAAGAAUGCAUGGAUUGGAUAGAAGCUUUGGAGAAUUAUUUUGAGUGUGAGGUAGUACUUCCAAGCCAAAAGGUGAAGUUGGCAAAGUCAAAAUUGAAGGGGCCAGCCCUUAGUUGGUGGAAUUUUCUACAAAAUGAGAGAUUGGAAGAGGGAAAGGAGGUCAUUUCCACUUGGACCAGAAUGAAGGCAGAAUUGAAAAAACAGUUUGUACCGGAUGAUUAUGAAGUAACCCUUCAUAAGAAGCUUCAAAAUUUGAAGCAAAAAGAUCUUGAUGUGAGUACUUAUACUCAAGAAUUUCACAAUUUGACCUUGAAGGCCAAAAUGUUUGAAACUGAAAAACAAAAACUUGCAAGGUAUAUCAAUGGAUUGAAAUAUAGCAUCCAAAAUGAAUUGACAUUGGUUAGUGUGGAAUCAGUCCACAAAUGUUUUCAGCUUGCCCUCAAGAUUGAGGAAAAACAGAAAAGAAGAGGAGAACAAAGUAAGGGAAGAGGAAACUCAUUCCGUGAAAGAGGUAGGUUCAAUGGGAGAGGAACUUUUCCUAAGUCCCAAGGUGAAAGUAGCAAUCAAAGUGUUGAUAAUGAUGCUGGUGGCAGAGGUUCAUUCAGAGGAAGAGGGUCAAAUAAUGGCAGGGGCAGAUCCAGAGGAAGAGGUCCUAAUGUGUUCACCGGAAGGUGCUUCUCAUGUAACCAAGUUGGGCAUCAAUCUUUCAGAUGUCCACAAAAGAGUGACAACAGCAAUCCAGGAGAUAGAAGGGUACAAUUGAUUCAAGAAGAGGAUUGUCAAAGCAACUCAUCAUACCAUACAACCUCAUCCAAGCAUGCUGAUCCAGUGCAGGGAGAAACUCUUAUGUUCAAUAGAUCGCUGUUGGUACCACUCAAUAAGGAGCCAACACAAAGGAAAUCUCUAUUCCAGACUACUUGCAAAGCAAAAGGUAAAGUAUGCAAGGUAAUUGUUGAUUCUGGCUCUACUGAAAAUUUAGUUUCCUUGGAAAUGGUUACUAAGUUAAAUUUGAAAAGGCUUCCACAUCCUACUCCCUAUAAAGUUUCCUGGUUGAAUAAGGAGCAGCAAACUAUUGUGAAUGAACAAUGCUUGGUAGAAUUUGAAAUUGGAAGACCAUGGCAAUAUGAUACUAAUGCCCAGCAUGAUGGGAAAACCAAUGUGUUCAAUAUAACUAAGGAUGGAGAAAAUUUCAUAAUGACACCUUUACCGGAUGUUGCAAAUAAUUCAAUCUUACAAAGUAGUGUUAUGGUUGUCAAAGAAAAGGAGUUUUUAGAAGGUCUUAAGGAAGAGAAUCCUCCAUGCUUUGCUGUUGUAAUCAGACCUAAGGAAACUAAUUGUGAGGGCAGGGAAUUGAAUUUAGAAGCCAAGGAAAGUACUUGUCCUAAGGUUGUAUGUGAUUUGUUGAAUAAGUAUGAUGGUAUUAUUGCUGAUAGUGCUCAUGAGUCUCUUUCACCAAAGAGGUCAAUCAGCCAUUGUAUUGAUUUGAUUCCGGGUGCUACAUUACCAAAUAAAGCAGCCUAUAAACUAACUCCCAAACAAAAUGCUGAAGUUGCACGGCAAAUCCAAGGAUUGUUAGAAAAGGGUUACAUACGGAAAAGUAUUAGCCCAUGUGCUGUCCCAGUAGUCCUUGCUCCUAAGAAAGAAGGAACUUGGAGGUUGUGUACAGAUUCUCGUGCUAUUAAUAAGAUUACUAUUAGAUACCGAUUUCCCAUGCCUCAGUUAGAGGAUCUCAUGGACUGUUUAGGUGUUAUGCCUUUUGGUUUAUCCAAUGCUCCUAGUACUUUCAUGCAUUUAAUGAAUGAAGUGCUGAAACCUUUUCUUCAUCAAUUUGUUGUUGUAUAUUUGGAUGAUAUUCUGAUUUUUAGUGGCAGCAAAGAGGAGCAUUUACAGCAUUUGGAUCAGGUCUUGAGGAAGCUUCAUGAAGAAGGCUUGAGGGUAAACUCAGAGAAGUGUUCCUUCAUGCAAGAAGAACUUGUGUUCUUGGGUUUUGUAAUUUCAAAAGGCAGUCUGAAAAUGGAUCCUUCAACGGUAGAAGCCAUCCUAAAUUGGCCAGCACCUACUAUAGCCACGGAGGUAAAAAUUUUUCAUGGUUUAUGCAGUUUCUAUAGAAAGUUUAUUAGAAACUUUAGUGGUGUUUGUGUUCCACUUAUUGAUACUAUUAAAGGAGGAAGAAAAUGUGUUUUCCAAUGGACUAAAGAGGCCAAUGAAUCUUUUGAAUUACUGAAAAAGAAAAUAUCCGAACAGCCAGUACUUGUUUUACCGGAUUUUUAUAAGGUUUUUGUUGUUGAAUGUGAUGCUAGCAAUAAGGCUAUUGGUGGGGUUCUUAGUCAAGAUGGUAGACCCAUAGCCUUCUUUAGUGAGAAAUUAAAUGCAGCAAAACAAAAAUAUUCUACUUAUGAUCUUGAACUUUAUGCUAUGGUUCAGUCGUUAAGAAAAUGGAGGCAUUAUCUUUUACCAAAAGAGUUCAUUGUUUUUACGGAUAACCAUGCACUCAGUUUUCUGAAUAGACAAGAGAAACUUAACCAUAGACAUGUCAAGUGGAUGGAGUUUUUGCAGGCCUAUACUUUCAGCAUUAAACAUAAGAAAGGGGUUACUAAUAAGGUGGCGGAUGCUUUGAGUAGAAGGACACUUGCCAUUCAGUCUAUGCAAUUGGAAAGUGCUGGUUUAGAGGCUAUGGCAUCCAUGUAUGCUACGGAUGAAGAUUUCAAGGAAAUUUAUCAGUCUAAAGGUCAUUCCUCUAAUGCUGGUCUUUACACACCUUUACCCAUUCCUUCUAAACCAUGGGAUUCAGUUAGUAUGGAUUUUGUGCUCGGUUUGCCUAGGACCAAGUCCGGUUAUGACAGCAUAUUUGUGGUAGUAGAUCGGUUUUCAAAAAUGGCUCAUUUUAUUCCAUGUAAAACUACUCAUGAUGCAUCUCAUGUUGCUGGAUUGUUCUUUCAGGAAGUAGUACGUUUGCAUGGUUUACCUUUGUCAAUCAUAUCAGAUAGAGAUCCUAAAUUGUUGGGUCAUUUUUGGCACACUUUGUGGAAGAAAUUGGGCACUAAUGUUUGUUUAUCUUCUGCAUAUCACCCACAAUCCGAUGGGCAGACUGAGGUCAUCAAUAGGUCUCUUGGUAAUCUUUUGAGGUGCUUGACACAAGAACAUGGUACAAGUUGGGAUUCAGUUUUGGCUCAAGCUGAGUUCUACUAUAAUGAUUCAGUGAAUCGUAGUACCAGGAAAACUCCAUUUCAGAUUGUGUAUGGUAUUCAUCCACGGGGCAUUUUGGAAUUAAGGGAUGUUAAUUGUUUGGAAAAGCCCAGUGCUUUGGCUGAUGAUUUUGUUACUGUUAUGAAGGAUAUUCAGGAUCAGGUUAAGGUAAAGCUUCAGCAUUCUAAUUCCAAAUAUAAAACUCAUGCAGAUAAACGGAGGAAAGAUGUCACAUUCAAUGUUGGGGAUUUGGUCAUGGUCCAUUUAAAGAAAGAAAGGCUACCUAAGGGCCAUUAUACGAAACUUAUGGCAAAAAAGAUUGGACCUUUUAAAAUUCUCAAACGUAGUGGUCCUAAUGCCUAUCAUGUUGAUCUUCCUCCGGAUAUUCAUUUAUCACCUGUCUUUAAUGUUGCUGAUCUAUAUUUGUAUAAAGGUCCUGUUGAUAAUUCUGUGACUGCAGGUGCUGUUGAUUCUCUUGUUGAUGCACAGCUUUCAGCUCUUCCUAAGGUACCUCCUUUGGAGAUUGAUUGCAUUUUGGAAACUCGUGUGGCCCGGAAGACCCGACGUCAUACAUAUUAUGAACAUUUGGUGCAGUGGAAAUCCAGACCAGUUGAAGAUGCUACAUGGCUGUCUACUGCCGCUCUUGAGAAAUUGGGUUUUUCUGUUCCAGCAGUCCCAACUCAAGGGACUUGA